AUGGCGGGUGGCAGCACUAUCCUCGAGCUGAAGCACCAUGUCCUGAACGGCCGCCUGGCACAGGCGAAGAAGUUGAUAGCAGCCUCGCAGAUUUCACUGGAGGAUGUGGCCGACGAGGAUGGAAACACGCCUCUUCAUUGGUUGGCACACGCGCUCCAAGCAACACCAGAAGCCACAGACCAGGAGAUGUUGACCUUCCUCCUUCAGAACGCUGCCCCAAAGAAUCGCCAGAAUUCACUCG